CACCGCGUCCCAGCCGCCCCGGCCGUGAGCGCAGGCGGCCCUGUCACCGCACCUGCAGGGCGCUAGCUGCCUGCACCCGCGCGGCACUGCUCGCACCCAGCCCUUUCCCCACUGUCGCCGCGCGGUCGAUGACUCCCCAGACCCCUGGCCGACGACCAUGACCACGUCCCUGCAAGGCGGGCAGAGCGCGGCGGGCCGGGCGGCCGCCCAGGACUCGCCACUGGCCGUUCAGGUGUGCCGCGUUGCCCAGGGCAGGGGCGACGCCCAGGACCCGACACGGGUCCCUGGACUGCACGCGCUGUCGCCCGCCUCCGAUGAGACCCGCUGCAGUGCCACAGACAGGAGAAAAAAGAAGGAUCUGGAUGUUCUGGAAACGCCAUCUAUUCCCAACCCCUUUCCCGAGCUCUGCUGCCCCCCUCUCACAUCUGUGCUGUCCGCAGGCCUGUCUCCCAGGACAAAUGCAAGGAAGAAGCAGGUGAUUAAAGUCUACAGCGAGGAUGAGACCAGCAGGGCAUUAGAAGUGCCCAGUGACAUCACCGCCCGAGAUGUUUGCCAGCUCUUGAUCCUGAAGAACCACUAUGUGGAUGACAACAGCUGGACCCUUUUUGAGCACCUGUCUCACACAGGUGUAGAAAGAACAAUAGAAGACCAUGAGCUGGUGAUUGAAGUGCUGUCUCACUGGGGGAUGGAAGAAGAAAAUAAGCUCUAUCUUAGGAAAAAUUAUGCCAAAUAUGAAUUUUUUAAGAACCCAAUGUAUUUCUUUCCAGAGAACAUGGUGUCCUUUGCAGCUGAGACCAAUGGUGACAGAUCCCCUACACAAAUCCUGCAGAUGUUUUUAAGCUCAAGCACCUAUCCCGAAAUCCAUGGCUUCUUACAUGUAAAGGAACAGGGAAAGAAGUCUUGGAAAAAAGUUUACUGUUUUCUGAGACGAUCUGGUUUAUAUUUUUCUACUAAAGGCACAUCAAAGGAACCACGGCAUUUGCAGUUUUUCAGCGAAUUCAGCACUAGUAAUGUUUACAUGUCACUGGCAGGCAGAAAAAAACACGGAGCGCCAACUGUCUACGGAUUCUGCUUUAAGCCUAACAAAGCAGGAGGGCCCCGGGACCUGAGAAUGCUCUGUGCCGAAGAAGAGCAGAGCAGGAUGUGCUGGGUGACCGCCAUUAGAUUGCUUAAGUAUGGCAUGCAACUGUACCAGAACUAUAUGCACCCAUACCAAGGUCGAAGUGGCUGCAGCUCACAGAGCAUAUCACCCAUGAGAAGCAUAUCAGAGAAUUCACUGGUAGCAAUGGACUUCUCAGGCCAGACAAGCAGAGUCAUAGACAACCCCACAGAAGCCCUUUCGGUGGCUGUUGAGGAAGGACUCGCUUGGAGGAAGAAAGGAUGUUUACGCCUGGGGAAUCAUGGUAGCCCUACUGCCCCCUCCCAGAGCGCUGCUGUGAACAUGGCUAUCCACCGAUCCCAGCCAUGGUUUCAUCACAGAAUUUCUAGAGAUGAAGCUCAGCAGCUGAUUAUCCGGCAGGGGCCUGUGGAUGGAGUUUUCUUGGUACGGGACAGUCAGAGUAACCCUAGAACUUUUGUACUGUCAAUGAGUCAUGGACAAAAGAUAAAACACUUUCAAAUCAUACCGGUGGAAGAUGAUGGAGAGUUGUUCCACACCCUGGAUGAUGGCCACACAAAAUUCACAGAUCUCAUCCAGCUGGUAGAGUUCUACCAGCUCAACAAGGGUGUCCUUCCUUGCAAGUUGAAACAUUACUGUGCUAGGAUGGUUCUUUAGUCAAACUGUAUGUGACUCAUUAAAAAGUGCAAGAAGAAGAAUGCAAAGAAGAAUGUUUAAGAAGAAAGAUAACAAAUAAGCUGAAAGUAAACCAUGGUGAAAAAAACUUUCUACCUUUGAGUUAAAAAAAUGGUCAUGCAUUGAAAAUUAGUGAAGACUCGAUUGGUAUUACAAUCAUUACUUAAAAUUUAUUAGUUAAAAUUAAACCUUAGUAAAAAAAAUGACUUGUUUGUGUUCUUGUGUGAUUAUAUACACCUAUGGUAUUUUGUUAAAUGUGCAACUUUAAACAACAAAUUGUCAUUAUUUAAUUUCAUAGCAUCAAAAUUCUCACCAUGAAAUAUGAAAGAGAAAUCAUGGGUUGAUAUACAGGGCUUGGGAACACACACGUAGUCUCAGCACUGAUGAAGCAAAGACAUAACAGUCAUGAGCUCAAGGUAUGUCUCAAGACUUUGGAUGUAGCCAAGUGGUUCUGCCAUUGCUUGAAGUCCUGGGUUUGAUCCUUAGCAUGGUCCAAAGUGAAAACCAAAAAUUGGUUCCAAAUGAUUCUUAACACACUGUAUUUCAGCUAUGAUACCUUAAAAUAUUAAUUAGUAUGAUAAAAACUUGAGUUAUCUAUGAAAUGAAACUAUAACUAUUGAUAUAAAUUAUAAACUAUUUUGAACUACAUAUACUUCUGAGUUUAAAAUAGUGCCCCCCCAAAUAAAAACAUAUUGUUGAGUUGUAGCUAAAUAAUUUUUAGGAAAAACUGAUUUUUGUGAUAAUUCAUAAUAUUGUUAAAUUACUAGUUAUACAAUGUCUUCUAAUAAUGUACCCCUAGAUGCAUAUUAUUGAAAUAUUUUCAUUUUUUUUGGUUUGGGUGGAGAGAUUUAUCUUUAAGGAAAUAAUCAAAACAGAAAAAGUCGGCACAAUUAACAUAUGCUUCCAGACAUAUAAUCUAUGAUUAUGUGACUGGUGACCUCAACAUUUCAUAUUUAUCUCAUGUUCUGGUUUACAUUAUAAUCUAGAUCCUUUUACUAAUAGAUUAUUUUCCUAAUCAGAGCAGGUGAAAUUAAAGGUCUCAAAUCUAAAGAUCCAAACAGUUAAAUCCAUUUUUCUCUGUGUAUUUACCUUUAAUCUCCUCACUGUGGUAGAUAAUCAAUUUGCAAACUUGAAACACUGAGACACUAUCCUUCCUCAUCAUCUUGGAGAUCUUCUGGAAAGAAGCCACCUCCUCCUCCCCCCUUCUUCUCCUCUUCCUCCUUUGACUCCUCCUUUCCAUCCUUCCAUCCUUUGUUUCUUUCUGUUUCUGUGACUCUUGUUCCCUUUUGGGGGAUGAUAAGAGUUGUUCUUAAAAAAUGACUAGAAACAAAACUUCAGCAAGCAUUAAUAUAUGGUUUUUCUUGUAAACUGACCUUCGUAACAACAUCGUGGGAAAGUUAAAGAUUUUAAAGAAAAUUCAGAAGUGCAUAAUAUAAUCUUAAAUAACAGUGAUAUAUUUUGGUAACAGACCAUGGUAAAUAUUCCCAAGAUACUAAUAAAAUCAGUCAUCACUGAGAUAUAAUUUAUUGUCCAACUUACGUUCACAUGGCAUGUUUAACUCCUGAAAUCCUGAAUCAUCAGCCACUUGUCUGUUAUCAAAUCCUGGUCUGGUCUCUCUGAAGGCUUAAAGAUACAGGAUCUUCAAGUGUAUCACUCCCUAUUCACCUUCUAGAACAGGUCUGAGUAGAUCUGAUUGAUUUCUAAUUUAUAUAAAACACUUGGUGUUUUGAGUUAGAAUACAUUUUAUCAUUUUUGUACACAGUCCAAGUAGAUAAUAUCAAAAACUAUGCUCUCACAAUACUAAAUCCUAAUCAAUUGACCAAUUUGUGUUUGUUUUUGUUAUUUAUGUCUUUGACUGUAUUCAUAAUAUACAGAUAUUAUAAAUCAAAGAAAAUUAUUGGGGGAAGGUUGGUGAAGGGAAAUCAUUAGUUUUUAUUCCUUCUGAAAAAUGUGUGUGUGGAUGUAAAUUUAAUGUGCUGUUAAAUCUGAUGUCAGACACAACCAGUGGCUAGAGAAUUUCAAUGUAUUCCCUAGAAAAUAGUAAUUGCCUUCAGAUUAUUUCCACCUUGAUUUAGCUCUGUUCAUUUGGUUUGCACAGUUUUGUAUAAGGGUGAGGAUGAAUCAGUAGCUUUCUUCUCUGUUUGUUCACAUGUUGCAGUGUGCUUCACUCCUUCAGAGGGGAGGGAAUGGGGUGAGAUCUUACCUGUACUCUGUUCUUUUGUAUCUCCUGACACUUAAACUUAAGGGCAUUAUUAUGAAAUAUUUAAGUAUCCAGGAAAAGAAGAUAAAAUUAUUAGGAGUGAUUUUAAAUUAAUUGUUUGUUUAUGUUAGGGUAUAUUUGUUUAUUUGUGUUAGGUAUAGGCCUUGGUAGUGUAUUUGGGUUUUGCUUUCUUUCAGAGUGCUUGCUAUUAGUUAAUCAGAGUCCUCUAAGGCCUCUGACUUUUGAAGACCAACAAUGAUAACUAGACAUUUUAUUUGUAUAUUUAGUCCUCAGAUUAUAGUUUUCAUGAGGAGAAAGGAUUUUCAUUGGCAAAGUUUCAGAGAAGUUCCCAGAGUUGGCCUCAUUUUUUUAAAAAGCUGUCCUCUCUAUUGACAGACAUUUAUAAACUCCAAGGUGUUCUGGAUUCAUCCUGUGGCUAGGUAAAGCUUAUGGACAUCUUUCAUAGAAUGCUUUGAAAUGUGUACAAUGAAAAGACUUUGAGCUAAUUAUGCAGAUGCAUAGUUCUAUAUACUUUUGCAUCUAGAUGACCUCAUUGCAAACCCUGAUGUACAGUUUCUUGCUGUGUCUACUUCUGGAACAGUGUUUUCUAUUUUUCAUGAAAAUCUUUUAGGUUCCUAUCUUGUGUUCUCUGCAAGCUCAGUGGGUGGCUUACCUUUCUACUCACAGUACCAGUGGGGCAGAAUAAAUUUCUUUGAAUGCAA